CGCGCUCGAACGCUCGAACGCCCGAUCGUUUUCGAUCCGCUCGACCUUCUUCGCAUCGACGCCGUCGAAAAAUCCGCGAUUUCGUCCACGGACGCCUCCCGCACGCCUUAAAACGCGCGCGCUCCAUUCAAACCACCGGACGCCGCCGGAUCUCGCGCGAACGCACGCGACGCGACCGUCACUCCAGAACGAACGCGCGCGACGAUGUCCUUCUCCGACCUCUCCGACACGAGCAGCGACGCCGGGUCCGAACCCCGGCAGCAGCGCUGGAAGCACAACUUCUCCGCGGGGCCGUCGUGCGUGGACGCGGGCGUCCUCGCGAAGCUCGCCGCCGAGCUCGCCGACUUCGAGGGCGCGGGCAUGGGCCUCAUCGAGCACUCGCACCGCGACGUAGGCGGGCCCGUGCAGAGCUGCAUGACGAACGCGUGCGCGCUCCUCAGAGAGGUGCUGGACAUACCGGAUACUCACGAAGUCUUGCUCAUGCACGGCGGCGGCCACGCGAUGUUCGCGGCGAUCCCGCUGAACCUCGCCGGCCCGGAGACGCCGGGCGCGACGACGAAGAACAAGGCGCAGUUCGUCGGCGACGGGUUCUGGAGCAAACGCGCUGCGGGCGAGGCGUCCAAGUACUGCGCGUGCGAGCACGUCGCGGCGACGUCGCCGCUGGGAGACGCGCGGUACCCGGACCCUUCCGCGUGGGAGAUCGACCCGGACGCGAAGUUCGUGCACAUGACCGCGAACGAGACGAUCAACGGCUUGGAGUUCCACGAAGACCCAACGAUCGCCGUCUCAAAUUCCGAUUCCGAUGUAACCGCGGCCGCGCCGCCGCCGCUCGUCGCGGACUUCACGUCCACGCUGCUGUCGCGCCCCGUCGAUUUCAGCAAGUACGGCGUCGUGUACGCGAGCACGGGGAAGAACCUCGGCCCGAGCGGGCUCGUCGUCGUGAUCGUGCGCAAGGAUCUGAUCGCGAAGGACUCCCCGAUUAACAGGGAGCUGCCCAUCACGCCGGGGAUCAUGUCGUUUAAGGCAGCCGCGGCGACGACGCCGAUUCCGAACAUCUGGAACACGCCCAACGUCUUCGGCGUUAGAGCGCUUCAGCUCGUGCUCGAGGAUACGAAGGCGAAGGGCGGUGUCGUCGCGAUGCGCGAGCGCGCGCGGCGACGCGCCGGCGCGGUGUACGACGUCGUCGACGCGAGCGACGGCUUUUACGUCAACCGCGUGGAGCCCAAGUUUCGAAGCCUCAUGACCAUCCCGAUCACGAUCGCGGACAAAGCGUUGGAGGAAAAGUUCGUACGAGAAUCCUCCGAGGCGGGCUUCUACAACCUCGUCGGGCACCCGCUGUUCGGGGGACUGCGGGUGACGAUGUACAACCAGCUCCCGGACGACGCCGUGGACGCGCUCGUGGAGUUUAUGACGGACUUUUACCGCGAAAACGCGCCGGGGGGGAAACGCGCCGCCGCCGCCGCGGCGGGGUCGGUCGCGGUCGCGGGCGGGAAGUCUUCAUCGGUCUCCGUGGACGCGUACGGUCACUCCCCGCCGUCCGUGCUCGGGAUGCGCGACCUGAUGAUUUAAGAGAGGGCCCCGAGCGUCCCUCGGACGCCCGCCUCUCGUACGAGAGAGGACGCGCGUUUAUUUUUUGGCGCCAGGGGCCGCGGGCGGGGCCCCGAAAAUAUAUUUCACCGGCGGUCGAGAUCGCCGCCGGGUGUACAGUGUACGAUACACGCACAUUGUUUUGAAGCUUGCCUGCAUUGCAUUGAGUGACGAGGACACGAGAGAGAACCGCGCGCGCGACGAUUUGUUCGAGAAGAUUUGUUUCGAGCCCAAAAUAUGGCUCGACCUAUUGUAAGACGAGAAGACGACGACGACACGACGACGACGACGACGGGGGCGGAGGCGAGCGUUUAGGCAUCGCCGUUUUUUACAUCACGCCUCGACCGACGUCUGCGUAC